AUGCUGCACUUCAGCGUCUUACUGGUAUGGCUAUGCCAGACUGUGCUGGCACAGUACUCCAGUGAUGACCUCUUCUCUUUCGUUACGCUCCCCGACGUAAGGGCAGUGAAAUUCAACAUCCAUUACCACAAUCGCGAGCGCGUCAGUCCUGGGUACUGGUUUGUUUCGCCAUACCUACAUAUCGACCCCGACCCACCGACCAGCUUGUACGAACAAUACCAGAUCGGUCCACACAUCUACGAUGACGAAGGACGCCUCGUCUGGACAGGCUCGCAACAGUUUGACAAUCGCAAUGUCUUCGAUUUCAAGGUCACAAACAGUCUUGGCUCCGACCCACACCUCUCCAUGGUGUUGCAACACUCGUGGGAUGGAGGAGAGGACUCUGGGUUUGGAAUUGUUUUGAAGAACGACUAUGAGCAGGACCGGAAGCUUCCUCUGCGACGCGACCUGGGAAUUUUCGACAUCCACGAGUUCAACAUUCGCCCCGAUGGCAAGACCGCACUGGUCUCCAUCUACCUCUCCCACGAAAUCACCCUCGAGGAGUACGGCCGCCCCGGUGAGCCUACCUGGCUCGAGAGCGGUGGAUUUGCGGAGCUCGACAUGAACACGGCAGAGGUGAUCCAGUGGUGGGAUUCUUUCAAUCGGAUUCCUCUCUUGGAGAGUGUGCAUUACAGCCCGACCGCCCCAGCGGAAGCACACCCCGGUUGGGACUAUGUGCACAUCAACUCGGUUGAUAAGAACGAGGCGGGUGAUUACUUGAUCUCGGCGCGAUUCACCAACACCAUAUAUAUGAUAUCUGGCAUCAAUGGAGACAUUAUGUGGCGACUGGGUGGAGCGCAUACUAAUUUCCAGCAAGACUUUGUCUUCUCCAAGCAGCAUGACGCGAAAUUUGUGGAGUCAAAUGGGACACACCAUAUCAUUUCCUUCUUGAACAACGCCUCCGAUGAGGAAUUCAACGAGGAGAACAUGUCCGCGUCUAUGUUUGUGGAAUUGGACACCGGCGCGAACCCAAUGACCGCACGUGUGAUUCGACGCUACAACCGCCCCGAUCAGGAACUCUCUCGACUGCGUGGAAACACUCAAUUGCUCCCGAAUGGCAACGUCUUCACCUGCUGGAGCAAGGGAGGCUACAUCUCGGAGCACGCUGACGACGGAGAGCUCCUAUUCACAGCCAACUUCACUUCUUCCCGCUACUCGAGCUACCGAGGAUACAAGUUUGAAUUCACUGGUCGCCCCAACACCCCGCCAGAUAUGGUGGCCGCGGUGUCUGGCACCGACGAGACCAACAUGGUAACCUCGUUCUGGGUCAGCUGGAAUGGAGCUACAGAUGUCGCGACAUGGGAAUUCUAUGCACAAGCAUCAGAAUUCCACGUCCCCGUGCUUAUCGGAUCCACUCCCAAAGUCGACUUUGAGACCAUGUUCGUCGCCGCAGGGUACCUCGACUGGGUCUCGGCCGUGGCUGUCGAUGUCAACGGCACGGUCCUCGGGAAGUCUGAGGUCCAUCGCACCAAGUACCCGAGCUGGAACUCCGUCGGAUACAAGGGAAAAUCAAGUCCACCCCGCCCCAACGAUCCCUCAAUCCUCUACCAAGCAAGCGACAAGAUCGGCGGCGACAAUGCCAUGGACGAGGCAGGCCGUACAUCCUCCGAUGCCAUGGACACCCAAACCCAAAAGACCAUCCAAGUCCUCAACCACUCUUACGAGGCCAUCCGCAACAUCGGUGGUCUGUUUGCGUUUAUUCUGCUUCUUUGCUUGUUCUGCGGGGUUCUGGCUAGCUACCUGGUCAUUCGUGGCUGGCGGGUCCGACUUUACCAGCGUCUCAAGAUGGAAGAUGGAUACGCCGAGGAGCAAGCGCAUUUGCGGUCUAUCCAUCAUGAAGAUUGA